AUGUCCGACCUCUCUGACCUUAAAAGAGGCAAGAUAAUCGGAGCUCGCCUGGCUGGAGCGUCCGUGUCCAGAGCAACGGAACUUGUAGGUGUUUCAAGGACCACUGUAUCAAGGACUCUGUCGACAUACACAGAGUUGGGUAAAGUGUCUUCGGCGAGGCACAACAGCGGCAGGAAGUCGAAGUUGUCAGACCGUGAUAGACGGGUGUUGAAGAGGAUAGUCGCUCGAAAACGUAAGACUACACUGCCGGUGAUAACAUCCGAGAUGAAUACCCACCUUGAGAACCCUGUAUCCAUGAAAACUAUUCAACGGGAGUUACGUGCUGCUAACAUUCAUGGCAGGUAG